CACAGAAUAGUGAAAUUUUAGUGCUGGGAUUCCUCUUGCUGUCAGAUCUGUCAGAUCUUUUGAACUUUGCUCUCUUUAUUAAGGAGUACUUGACAUGAAGAACAUACCUCCUUUUUCAGCUUUUGAUUUCUUCUUUUUAAAUUUUUAUUUUUAAUCUGAAAUAGUAUCUUCAGUUCUUUUAAUUCAGGCUCUGGAAAGGUAAAUCUGUGUCCUUUAUUGUCAGAGCUGAAACUGAUUUGGAAUGGAACCAAGCUGGCUGGUCAAAGGGGACAGUUCUCCCUCUGUAUUUGCUGCUCAUUCAUGCUCAGACAGGUUUUUGUGAAGCAGGGCUCUUGGGCAAUAGCAACAAAAGGUACACAGACCUGAUACUGUUGGCUGCUGAAUGAGAUGGAGCGGUUCUUGGGCUUUGUCAAGCAAAUAAGAAGAUCCAGGAGAAGAAAAGGCAAAAAGUAUCGACCGGAGGAGGAUUAUCAUGAGGGUUAUGAGGAUGUCUAUUAUUAUGCCUCUGAGCACUUUCCAAAUGAGAGUCCAUACACUAAAUCUGCAAACCAGACAAAACCACCUGAAGGAGCAUUAGCUGUAAGGAGACAAAGUAUUCCAGAGGAAUUCAAGGGCUCAACAAUAGUGGAAUUAAUGAAGAAAGAAGGCACUACUUUGGGACUUACUGUAUCUGGUGGAAUUGACAAGGAUGGGAAACCAAGAGUAUCCAACCUUCGCCAAGGAGGCAUUGCUGCUAGAAGUGACCAACUGGAUGUGGGAGAUUACAUCAAAUCUGUGAAUGGCAUCAAUUUAACCAAGUUUCGUCAUGAUGAGAUCAUUAGUUUACUCAAGAAUGUUGGUGAAAGAGUUGUAUUAGAAGUGGAGUAUGAGCUGCCACCAAUCUCGGUUCAAGGAUCAGGUGUCAUUUUUAGAACUGUAGAGGUUACUUUACAUAAAGAAGGGAACACUUUUGGCUUUGUAAUAAGAGGUGGAGCACAUGAUGACAGAAAUAAAUCUCGUCCUGUUGUAAUAACAUGUGUUAGACCUGGAGGGCCUGCUGACAGAGAGGGAACAAUCAAGCCAGGAGACAGGUUGCUUAGUGUUGAUGGGAUUCGGCUUGUUGGAACAUCACACAGUGAAGCCAUGAGUAUUCUCAAACAAUGUGGGCAGGAAGCAACUCUGCUGAUAGAAUAUGAUGUCUCCAUAAUGGAUUCGGUAGCCACAGCUUCUGGGCCACUGCUUGUUGAAGUUGCCAAAACUGCUGGUUCUGCUCUGGGAGUUGCACUAUCUACCUCGAUGUGCUGCAACAAACAAGUAAUUAUCAUUGACAAAAUAAAAUCUGCAAGUAUUGCAGACAGAUGUGGUGCAUUACAUAUAGGAGAUCAUAUUCUUUCCAUUGAUGGCACCAGCAUGGAGUACUGUACAUUAGCAGAAGCAACACAGUUCUUGGCUAAUACUUCCGACAAUGUCAAACUUGAAAUCCUUCCUCAUCAUCAGACGCGGCUGGCUCUAAAAGGACCAGAACAUGCAGCCCUGGUGUCUUCAUCCUUCUCUCCUGCCUCCAUGAGUGCAUACAGCCUAAGUUCCUUGAACAUGGGGACCUUACCUCGCAGUCUUUACUCUACUAGCCCACGGGGAACAAUGAUGAGAAGGAGAAUGAAAAAGAAGGACUUCAAAAGCUCAUUGUCUCUUGCUUCUAGCACUGUCGGCCUGGCUGGACAGGUUGUCCACACAGAAACCAUGGAGGUAGUGCUGACAGCUGACCCUGUUUUUGGAUUUGGGAUACAGCUCCAGAGUAGUGUGUUUGCUACUGAGACCUUGUCUUCACCACCUCUGAUUUCAUAUAUUGAGGCUGACAGCCCAGCAGAAAGGUGUGGCAUCUUGCAAAUUGGAGACAGGGUGCUGGCUAUAAAUGGGAUCCCAACAGAAGAUAGCACUUUUGAUGAAGCUAAUCAGCUGCUCAGAGAUUCUUCUAUCACCAGCAAGGUCACUUUGGAAAUAGAAUUUGAUGUUGCAGAGUCUGUCAUACCAAGUAGUGGCACUUUUCAUGUAAAACUACCAAAGAAACAUAAUGUAGAGCUUGGAAUCACCAUAAGCUCUCCAUCCAGUCGAAAACCAGGAGACCCUCUUGUUAUUUCUGAUAUUAAGAAGGGAAGUGUAGCGCACAGAACUGGAACAUUAGAACUAGGUGAUAAACUGCUUGCCAUAGACAAUAUUCGACUGGAUAAUUGUUCCAUGGAAGAUGCUGUUCAAAUCCUGCAGCACUGUGAGGAGCUUGUAAAGCUAAAAAUCAGGAAAGAUGAAGAUAACUCUGGUAUUCAUAGCUGCUUCUCCGUGGCAAAAAUUCUCUAUUGCACAUCCAUUGAUACUGUGAAUACAGAGGCAUUGGCAGUGGCAACAGAGAAUGCUCAAGAAACCAAUUGCAUCCUCUUGGCAUGUGUUGCAGAUGAACAAGAGAGCUCAGGAGCAAUUAUUUAUACUGUUGAGCUCAAGCGAUAUGGAGGACCUCUUGGGAUCACUAUUUCUGGCACUGAAGAGCCCUUUGAUCCCAUUAUCAUCUCCAGUCUUACUAAAGGCGGACUCGCUGAAAGGACAGGUGCAAUUCACAUUGGAGACCGGAUCUUAGCAAUAAACAGUAGCAGUCUAAAAGGAAAACCAUUGAGUGAAGCUAUACAUUUGUUACAGAUGGCAGGAGAGACAGUAACCUUGAAAAUCAAAAAGCAAACAGAUGCAACAAGCCCAAAGAAGUUCCCUGCUUCUGGUCAUCUAAAUGAAUCAACUGAUAUGGAAGAAAAUGCAGCGACCACACAAAAACCAGGGAAACUUUCAGAAAUAUACUCCACCACUGUUCCAAGUGUGGACAGUGCUGUAGAGUCAUGGGAUGGCUCUGGUAUAGACAAUAGCUACGGAAGCCAAGGUCCUAGUUAUCAGGCUUCAGGAUACAGCUUCAAUACUUUUGAAUGGAGAAAUCCAAAACAAAGGGGCAGUUUGUCUCCUCCAAAUAGACCCAGAACAAACCCCUUCCAUGAUACAGGGCUAAGUGAUGAUGAAUGGGACAAAACUGCAACAAGCGGCUUUGCAGGUGCCCCUGAGACUGAACAGGAGGAAAAUUUCUGGUCUCAAGCAUUGGAGGACUUGGAGACCUGUGGACAGUCAGGAAUUCUGAGGGAAUUAGAGGCAACAAUUAUGUCAGGGAGUACCAUGAGUCUGAACCAUGACAACUCACAGCAUCGCAGCCAUCUGGGAAGGCAAGCCAGCUUCCAGGAAAGAAGCACUUCAAGGCCGCACUAUAGCCAGACGACCCGUAGCAACACAUUGCCGUCUGAUGUGGGCAGGAAAUCUGUAGCUCUGCGUAAAAUGAAGCAAGAGAUGAAGGAGAUAAUGUCACCGACUCCUGUGGAGUUACACAAGGUGACUUUGUAUAAGGAUUCUGACAUGGAGGACUUUGGGUUCAGUGUAUCAGACGGCCUACUGGAAAAAGGCGUGUAUGUUAAAAAUAUUCGGCCAGCUGGACCUGGAGAUGUGGGUGGUUUGAAGCCAUAUGACAGACUUCUACAGGUAAAUCAUGUUCGCACAAGAGACUUUGACUGCUGUCUAGUUGUGCCACUCAUAGCAGAGUCUGGUAAUAAACUAGAACUCGUUAUUAGCAGAAAUCCUCUAGCCUCCCAAAAGAUGAGCUCUGAGCAACAGACUUUCACCACAGGGGAAUGGAAUGACGCAAACAAUGCCUUCCUUCAACAAAGUGGACACAAUGCUGGUUCAGAGAUGCCACGGGAACCCACGAACACUUUAUAGCCAAAAACUGUAUUAGUACUAGGCAUUUAAAUGGUGCUAUAUUCCUAUGAGAUUUCUGCUACACUGGAGACACAACUCUUAAGAAGCACAGGGGAGUCUGAUUAUUUCUUAAGACUCGUUAUUUGCUACUUGCUUCCCAAACAGAGUUUUGUUCUGUUCUUGUUUUUUAUAAUCAUGAACAGUGCCAUUCCAAAUAAUCCCUAAAUUCAAGCAAAAAUGAAUGGUGAAAGUGGCUUUAUUUUUUAUCCUGACAGAUUUAAUUUAAAAAGAUAGGGCUUCUCUCUCAAUUUUGACUGAUUAAAAAACAACCACUUUUUAAACUUUUAAGUCAUAAACAUGCAGAUUGAUUUUUCAGAAUGUGUAACUAAUCUGAAGAUCAGAUGAUAUAACAGAAUGAAGAAACCUUGAAACAUUGCUGCUACACCCAGAUGACGACUUGUAUGUUGGCUAUUGUAGUAGUUGCUUUGUAGCAAGAAGUGGUUCUGCUGUCUCUGCUGUAGUGAAAAAGGGACAUAGGCAAGAACUACAGAGUGGCUUUACAACCGUUUUGAGCAAAGGGGCACAGCAAGAAUCUGAAGUGUGGGGAGGGGGGGGUAACUUGUAGUGCUCAGCUGUAGUAUGAUUUUAUUAGGAGUUAUAUUAUUCCCUAUGCAACAAUGUACUGAACAGGAUAUGUCUUGCAACCUGUGGGGAUUUUUUUACUUUGGGGUAUUUGGAACCUAUUCAUUUUAAGGGGGAAACUGCAGUAAAAUGAAUUUUAGGGAUAUUUAAAAAAGAAGUUUAUACAAGCAAGAUGUUAAAGUAAUUUUUUUUUACUUUGGAUUAUGGUAGCAAAGGAAUAUUGAUGCAAAUCUUAACAAAGGACACACACAAAUUAAAUUAUAUAGCUACACAAGAUUUUUGUUUAAUUAAAGUGAAUGCAUUGCUUUAAAAUGUCUAUUUAAUCUUUGUGAAAUCUUGUUGACCCUUACCAUUUUGGGCAAUUAAUUUUUAAGUUGUAAAUAAAUUUUGCACUCUCUCUUAUACACACACACACUCCCAAGUUCCACUCCCCCCCCCCAUCCCGUCAGAGCAAUAAAAUGCUUUUUAGGCUCACCAGCAGCUGCUUUGGUUUGUUUACUGUAUUGUCAUGGUAAUGUUACUUAGUGACUGGAAAGACACUGGAUUUGUCUGUAAUCACUGUAGAGUCUUCAUAUCUUAGCAAUCCUUCCAACAACCAGUUUUUUUCAUCUAUUUGAACUGUUGAUGUAGCCCUAAUGCUACUUUCCUUAACCUGUUUCAUAAGCAAGCUUACCUGUCCUAUGCACACACCAGUGAAAUAUUUUACUCACCUGUCAGCACUGCCAGAGAAAAUUCAUUCAAAAUGAAAUUGAGACCCAAAUCAUAAACCACUUAAUAUGUAUUUUUAUUUGUAACAAAUGAGUAUUAAAAUGAAAAGUAUUUUUGUACAAAUUUAAUACUUUAAUAGCAUGAUAUUUAUCGUCAAUGUAUGGUUUCUGGGAAUUCAAACUGUUGAAAAAUUUGUAUGGAAAAUGUAAAAAAAAAUAAACAAUGAUUUAAAGAGGAUAUGUGUUGAAUUUUUAUGCCAACUUCUAUUUAGUUAGCAAAAAACUCUACAAUCUCAACAAAUGAUCCUGCAUUCUCUAUCAUUUACAUUAUCCAGGUCUCACAUUUGAAGUGCAAAUAACUGAGAAAGAUUUAGAAACUGAGUUUACAAUUUAGAGAGACAGUUUUUACUUAAACCCACACGGAAGAAGUGGCCAUGCAAACUCUCCUUCCCAGUGAUCUACAACAACACUGUUUUUUUAAAUUUGCUGACCAUGGAGAGGGAAAGGUUGCACAGCCUCCCUGCAAAUGACUGGGCAGUUGUGGAGAUUUAUCUGGGAGUUCAAACUGUUGAAAAAUUUGUAUGAAAAAUGUAAAUGAUUUAAAGAGGAUAUUGCAUGUGUUGAAGGCCAGCAGGGGUCAAACAAGAUUUCUGUCCACCAUAGGUCUCAAAGCUCCCUGCUUUUCAGACUCUAAAAAUCAAGACUAUUUCUGUGCCCUGAUCCAAGAAGGGACAAGAUGGUGGCAGGAGGGAGACCCAGUUUGCUUGCUCCUGGUCUCCCUCCCCAAGCAUUCAGUGAAUAUAUGGGAAUGUCAUCACUCAUAUGUACAAGCUUAUGUCCCAGAUUCUUUAAAAUAAUCUUAGACAUACAUUCUAAAUUUAUCCCCAAAGAUGUAGAUUAAGAAUCUGCACAAUAGGGCCAGUUACAGACAGGGAAGAUGUCUGUAUCUUUAUCCCCAAAAUAUUUAAAGAGGGAUGUGUGUGUGUUAAAAUCUUCCCCAAACAGGGAGAAUAUCAGCCAAGAUACUACAUAAAGCAUAAAUGGGGAUGGGUGGAAAAGGGAAGAAAGUGGUGAUGGCGGCAGGGUUGAAGUGGGCGGACAGCAGGGAUCAAACAAGAUUUUUGUCCACCAUGGGUCUCAAAGCUCCCUGCUUUUCAGAUUCUAAAAACCAAGACUACUUCUGUGCCCUGAUCCAAGAAGGGACAAGAAUGACAUAACUCAGGCUUCUGAGUGCACAGCCCUGAUUGGAUUAGGAAAAUACAUGUCCAAAUGGGCUUCUGUAAGUACAGUUUCUC